CCAACUCACAGUUUUCAUCUCUCGCCACUGCUGCUCUGGGCAAAUCACAGACUUCAUAGCUCUUGGCACUGCUGCUGCAGCUGGAGCAGGGAAUGUUCUCUUCUUCUCCACACCCUGGGCAGCUGGAGAAGCUCUUCCAGUACAUAGACCUCCACCAGGAUGAGUUUGUGCAGACCCUGAAGGAGUGGGUGGCCAUUGAGAGUGAUUCUGUGCAGCCUGUGCCUCGUCUCAGGCAGGAGCUCUUCCGGAUGAUGGCCUUGGCUGCAGACAAACUCCGGAACCUGGGAGCUGGGGUGGAUUCCAUAGACUUGGGUUCUCAGCAGAUGCCUGAUGGUCAGAGUCUUCCCAUACCUCCUAUCAUAUUGGCCGAGCUGGGAAAUGAUCCCAAGAAGCCCACCGUAUGCUUCUAUGGGCACCUGGACGUGCAGCCAGCUCAGAAGGAUGAUGGGUGGCUCACAGACCCCUACACACUGACAGAGGUGGAUGGGAAACUGUACGGACGGGGAGCGACAGAUAACAAAGGCCCUGUUUUGGCUUGGAUUAAUGCCGUGAGCACCUUCAGAGCUUUGCAGCAGGAUCUUCCUAUGAACAUCAAGUUCAUCCUGGAAGGGAUGGAAGAAGUUGGUUCUGUUGCCCUGGAGGAACUUGUCAGAAGAGAAAAGGACCAUUUCUUCUCCAGUGUGGACUACAUUGUGAUUUCAGACAAUCUGUGGCUCAGCCAGAGGAAACCAGCACUCACUUAUGGAACCCGGGGGAACUGCUAUUUCAUGGUGGAGGUGAAAUGUAGAGAUCAAGAUUUUCAUUCAGGAACCUUUGGUGGCAUCCUCAACGAACCAAUGGCUGACUUGGUGGCUCUUCUAGGUAGCCUGGUGGAUCCAUCAGGCCACAUCCUAAUUCCUGGGAUCUAUGAUCAAAUUGCUCCUAUUACAGAGGAAGAAAGGACAAUGUACAAAAACAUCGAACUGGACCUAGAAGAAUACCAGAAGAGUAGCCAAGUUGAGAAAUUUCUGUUUGAUUCCAAGGAGGAACUCCUGAUGCAUCUGUGGAGGUAUCCAUCUCUCUCCAUCCAUGGCAUUGAGGGUGCGUUUGAUCAGCCUGGAACUAAAACAGUCAUUCCUGGCCGAGUCCUAGGAAAAUUUUCAAUCCGUCUAGUCACUCCAAUGACUCCGUCUGUGGUGGAGAAACAGGUGACUCAGCAUCUCGAAGCUGUGUUCUCUAAAAGGAAUAGUUUAAACAAGAUGGCUGUUUCUAUGGUACUAGGACUCCACCCAUGGACUGCAAACAUCAAUGAUACUCAGUACCUUGCAGCACAAAGAGCCAUCAAAGCAGUGUUUGGAGUUGAUCCUGAUAUGAUUCAGGAUGGGUCAACCAUUCCAAUUGCCAAAAUAUUCCAGGCUAUCACACAAAAGAGUGUGAUGAUGCUCCCACUGGGGGCUGUGGAUGAUGGAGAACACUCUCAGAAUGAGAAGAUCAACAGGUGGAACUACAUACAGGGGUCGAAAUUAUUCGCUGCCUUUUUCCUGGAGUUGUCAAAGCAGCAUUCAGGACAACAGGUGCCUUCCAGUGUGUUCUGACCCACUGGCAGGUCUCCCUCCUCAGACCCUGGGCAAAUCGAGAGAUGGGAAAAUUCAGGAAAUGUGGAAAAUGAAAAGUUUGGAAGUCACAGACGUUGGAGAUGUUUUAACAAUCCCUCGGUCACUUAUCUUUCACAAGCCACAGCUACCUGGACUGUUAGUCCCCAAAUCCACUGCAACAGGCUGGGAUAACCUUCUAGUGCAGGUGGAAUGUCUCUUUAGUCAGUUAGAGUCUCACUUUCCAUUCCAUUGGCUCAACCCUCCAGUUGACUUUCCAGGCCCUGAAGAACUGUGGUUCCCAAUCAUGGGACCAGGGUCUCAGGACCUGAGUCACUUUCACCUCUGUUCCCUUAAUAGCGAAAGUGGUGGCUUCCACCCCCGGCUACAGUGGUUUCCCUGUGGAUUCACUUUUAGAAGAGUUACUAGGGUAUGUCUCUGUAUUAACUUCUUGCCUUUCCUUCAUUUAUUUUUUUCUCAGAUUCUUGAACAUUCUGAAGCUAAAUGAUCAAUAUCCAUACCCUCACACCAUUUGGAAUCCUUGUGCAAAGAUGAUUUUUUUCUUUAAUUACAAACUUCUUCAGCUUUGCUGUGAUCGAUGCCACCUGCUCUGCCCCUCUGCUUCCCUUUCUUCCACUCCAUGAGUAAAGAACCCUCCCUGCAAACAUGUAUAUACCUACCAUUCUACCAGUAAAAUUUACCCUGAUGGAAUUUCUCACCCCAUUGAAAUUUUGCUCAAUGAGUUUAUCUGAAUUGCUCAGAGCUUUUAAUAACACCAGUGUUAGAUGGAGAACUAAUCAGCCCUGACAUCAGCAAGACAUUCUCGAUUUAAAGCUCAGCUAAAUCUGCAUCCAUUAAUCAUUUUAGUUAACGAUCUUGUUUGGCUUGAUUGGGCUUGAUGGUGUAAACAUUACAGAAAGUUAAUUUUUUUUACAGUCAAGUGUAUAUAAAUAAACCAAGUCUUAUAAGUUAAUUACUUAAAUCACGUUAAUAGAAGAGAAUUCAAAUGCUUCUCUUAUGGUUCCAAAUAAAAACAUUCCAUAA